AUGUCGUUCAGUGAGAUGAACCGCAGGACGCUGGCGUUCCGAGGAGGCGGGUUGGUCACCGCCGGCGGCGGCGGCGGCAGCAGCAGCAGCAGCGGCGGCGGUGGCGGCUCUACGAACAAUAACGCUGGCGGGGAGGCCUCGGCUUGGCCUCAGCAGCCGCUGCCAAGACAGCCGCCGCCGGCGCCGCCCGCGCUCCAGCAGCCCAAUGGGCGGGGGGCCGACGAGGAAACGGAAUUGGAGGGCCUGGAGCCCCAAGACCUGGAGGCCUCCUCCGCUGGGGCCGCCGCCGCAGCCGCCGCCGCUACCGAGGACGCCAAGGAGUUGCUGCUCCCCCAAGACGCGGGCGGCCCCACCUCGCUGGGCGGCGGUGGCGCGGGGGGCCCCUUGCUAGCGGAAAGGAACCGUCGGACUCUGGCCUUCCGAGGCGGCGGCGGCGGCGGCAGCGGGGGUCUCGGCAACAAUGGCAGUAGCCGCGGCCGGCCCGAGACCUCGGCGUGGCCCCUGAGGCAUUUCAAUGGACGAGGGCCGGCGGCCGCGGAGCUGGAGCUGGACGCGCUGGAGGGGAAGGAGUUGAUGCAGGACGGCGCGUCCCUGAGCGACAGCACCGAGGACGAGGAGGAGGGGGCGAGCCUGGGCGACGGCAGUGGGGCGGAAGCCGGCAGCUGCGGUAGCAGCAGGCGGUCGGGCGGCGAUGGCGGGGACGAAGUGGAGGGCUGCGGUGUGGGAGCUGGCGAAGGAGACCCCGUCCAGCACUUCCAGCUCGCGCGGCGCAAGUCCCUAAUGCAGAAGCUUCAGUGCUCCUUCCAGACCUCCUGGCUCAAGGACUUUCCCUGGCUGCGCUAUUCCAAGGAUACCGGGCUCAUGUUUUGCGGCUGGUGCCAAAAGCCCUCCGAGGAUGGGGGAAGCGGGGACCUCCCCCUGGCGGGGCAUGAUGAGCUUUCGCGAGGGACCCGCAACUACAAGAAAACCCUUCUCCUGAGGCACCACGUCUCUACCGAGCACAAACACCACGAAGCCAACGCCCAGGAGUCAGAAAUACCACCAGAGGAGGGGUACUGUGAUUUUAAUAGCAGACCAAAUGAGAACUCUUAUUGCUAUCAGCUUCUUCGAGAACUAGACGAACAGAGAAAGCAAGGUAUCCUUUGUGAUGUCAGCAUUGUGGUGAGCGGAAAAAUCUUUAAAGCGCAUAAGAACAUCCUGGUUGCAGGCAGCCGUUUCUUUAAGACUUUAUAUUGCGAGUCAAACAAAGAAGUCCCUAACCAAAAAAAUACUACCCAUUUAGACGUUGCUGCAGUUCAAGGUUUUUCAGUCAUCUUGGACUUCUUAUAUUCUGGUAACCUGGUGCUCACAAGCCAAAAUGCCAUUGAAGUGAUGACAGUGGCCAGCUAUCUUCAAAUGAGUGAAGUUGUCCAGACUUGCCGAAAUUUCAUUAAAGAUGCCUUAAGUAUAAGCAUUAAAUCAGAAGCUCCAGAGUCUGUAGUUGUGGACUAUAAUAAUAGAAAACCAGUUAAUAGAGAUGGUCUGUCUUCAUCGCGGGAUCAAAAAAUUGCCAGCUUUUGGGCAACACGGAAUCUUACCAGUUUGGCAAGUAAUUUAAAAAUUGAAAAUGAUGGUUGUAAUGUCGAUGAGGGCCAAAUAGAAAACUACCAAAUGAGUGACAAUAAUUGGGUCCAGGAUGGUUCUCCUGAGUUGGCUGAAAAUGAAUCUCCAGGUCAAACGAAAGUGUUUAUUUGGAACAAUAUGGGCUCCCAGGGAAUUCAAGAGACUGGCAAAACAAGGAGAAAAAACCAAACUACAAAGAGAUUUAUUUAUAACAUACCACCUAAUAAUGAAGCAAAUUUGGAAGAUUGCUCAGUGAUGCAACCACCUGUUGCCUAUCCAGAAGAAAACAAGACACUAAUCGUCAAGGAAGAACCAGAUUUGGAUGGUGCUCUCCUCUCAGGGCCAGAUGGUGAUAGGAAUGUGAAUGCAAAUUUAUUGGCUGAUGCUUGUGCUGGUCAAGACGGAGGUGAUGCUGGUCCUUCAAAUGAUUUCAAGUAUGGUUUGAUGCCUGGUGCUGCAAAUGAUUUCAAGUAUGGUUUGAUGCCAGGUGCUGCAAAUGAUUUCAAGUAUGGAUUAUUGCCAGGUACUUCAAAUGAUUUCAAGUAUGGAUUAUUGCCAGAAUCUUGGCCAAAACAAGAAACUUGGGAAAAUGGUGAAUCAUCUCUAAUCAUGAACAAGUUGAAAUGCCCUCAUUGUAGCUAUGUAGCCAAAUACAGACGAACACUAAAAAGACACUUGCUCAUUCAUACGGGAGUGAGAUCAUUCAGCUGUGAUAUUUGCGGAAAGCUGUUUACUCGAAGAGAGCAUGUCAAAAGACAUUCCCUGGUGCAUAAAAAGGAUAAAAAAUACAAAUGCAUGGUAUGUAAGAAGAUCUUCAUGUUAGCAGCCAGUGUUGGAAUAAGGCAUGGAUCUCGGCGCUAUGGUGUUUGUGUAGACUGUGCAGAUAAAUCACAACCAGGAGGGCAAGAAGGUGUGGAUCAGGGACAAGAUACAGAGUUUCCUCGGGAUGAAGAAUAUGAAGAGAAUGAAGUAGGAGAAGCUGAUGAAGAGCUGGUUGAUGAUGGAGAAGAUCAGAAUGAUCCGCCUCGAUGGGAUGAAGCAGGAGAUGUGUGUAUGUCUCUAGAUGACUAACUGACCUACUAUACUCCUCAAGGAUGCUGCAUUUGGACAUCAUAUGAAUCGACAAUUUGGAUUGUUGAACUUGAAGGCUUGCAAAAUAUGGUACAUGCUGGAUGAGUUAGUUAACAUUGCUGUGAAAACUAGGGUCAAAGCCUUAUAGCAAAAAAAGCAAAAACAAAAAAAAAAACUUUUUUUUAAGUAUUUGCACAGGACUGUACAGCAGACAACCAUGUGGUUGGAUUACAUGGAGUCCCCACAUACUCAGUCAGUUAUCAAAGUUAAAUAUUUUUUAUUUAUAGGAUAUACAGUAACUAUUUGGGUCCUUUGGAAAUAUAUUUACCUGUCCUUACAGAGCUUACUCUUCAUGUGCCACUUCCACAUGAAUGCAGAAAAUCCAUUUAUGGAAGUACAGCGACAGUUGACCCAAUCAGUCUGUCCAUCAAACCACUCAGGCUAGUUUUUACUAGUAGAGCUUUGUUUCUAUUUUUAUUUUUAUUAAUUUUAUUUUUUUUAAUACAGAUUUUCAGUGAGGGGCUUUUUCAACCCCAUUGGUUCUAUUUUCUUGUAUUUUACAUUUUAAUUUGUUCCAUAACUUAAACCAAGACUCUGGUAUUAUUUCUCAGUUUUGUGCUGAUGGGCAUGUUUAUAAGAACUGGAGAGGUAAUUUAUUGGAAUGAACUAACUGACUUCCCCCACUCCCUUUUUCCUUUUUGACAUGAAUUUUACUACUUCACAAAUGAAGAGAAUGAUGAUGCGAAGUUGACAAAUACCACUAAAAUGAUUAUGAUUUAGAAGUAACUUUCUCCUGCUGCUCUAAUCUGAUAAAUGGUUACUAUAUGAUGUCUUCUGACAUGAUAUUCGGUUUUGGGUAUCUGUUACUUUGGCACUAUUCUUGUUUGCCUCAUUAUUUUUGCCAGUGUACUAUACCUCAGACUUAUUGCAAAGACAGAAAUAUAAUUGAAAGAAAAGUCAUAGAAACAAUAAUUAAUUUGUUUUGUAAUUUAUGCUCCAUGUCCAGUUUGGUUAGCUUGUUAUGCAAUAUAAGUGAAAUAUCAGGUUUUUUAUUCCUGUGCCCUUUUAUCAUUAAAAUUAACACAAAAUGUACAUUCUCUUUUGUUUCAUAUUUGCCAGGAUAUCCAGUGUUUUGAAAUGAUGGUUGAUAAAGCUAGUUUAUUUUUCUAUUCCUUAAAAUCAGUAUCAUCUUUAUAUAGUAUUUGUUUUCACCCUGAUUCGACAGUCUGCAAGAAUCUCACAGAUAAAAUAAUGAGAGGCUUUAUUCUAUUGACUAAAUUCAGGGUACAAAGAGUGAUAUAUAAGUUGAAAUUGCUAGAGAUAUAUUUAGCCUGGUGGCAAAUGAAUUAGCUGAUCCAUGGAAAUCCAAGCAACAUUUCAUGUACUAACAUGUACAACAUUUAUCAGGAGCAUAUUGUACAUUGUAAGAUUAAGGAACGUCAUAUUUUCAGUUUUUGUUUUUACAUGAAAAUAGACUAUUUUCCUAUUUCAUAUCAGGUAACUAAAUUAUCCUAGUUGUGUGGGAAAAUUUGCAAAGAUGCGUUGACAGAUACAGUCCUCUUGGUGCUCCAUCUGAUGACAGCUGGAAAGAGACAGGCUUUGUCGUUGUCUCUGAGCUCAGCAGAAAUGGCUUAGCAUUAGACAAGGAUGAUUCUGCUUCGAUAAAUCAAAACCGAUUUACAGUUAACAUGGUUAGAUGCAGUUUUUUGUCAUCUGAAUUUUUGUUGUAAUUUCUACGUAACUGUAAACUGACUUUUGUUUCAAGCUAAGAGUACACCUGAUUCUCAGCGUUCUAGACAGAUGAGUACGAUGUGAUUCUGGGCAGGUCCAAAAGUAGAAAUUAGUUGGGUAAAAGAUACUAUGAAUGAGAAAGUAUUUUAAACGUAAAAUGUUUUGCUUUGUGAAUAUGUAAGUAUAGCAUAAAGAUUUCUUGCAUCCCAUUUAUCCCCUUCCUUUAAAAUAAACCAUAGUUUACAAUUGGUAGAUCUGUCUAUAUAUAAAUAUAUAUUAAAGAGCAAAGAUAUAUAUCUUAAAAAAUCACCUAAAUCUGCUUUAUUAGGCUAUUGUUCACUUAUUGCAUAGAAACUGGACUUGGCUUUACAUUCGUAAUGUACUUUUACUUUCUUGAAAAUAUGAUAUGAACUUAUUCUCUUGGAAACUGAGUUUUCUUUUAUUACUGAAAUCAUUUAUGUAUAUCUGGUAAAUUAUGACCAAAUUUUUGUUAGAGUUUGCAUACAGUAAAUUGAAAUACACACUUGGUACACUACGGGAUUGUUGUGCUUUUGUUUUGGUUUUAGUUGGAAACAAGAUUUGAUGUAGAUGGCUUGUUACUGUUAAUUUAAAGUAUUCUAUAAUUGUCCAUUACCUUUAAUGUUGUGUUGUGAAAGAUUUGGCUAUAUUUUUAGUCGACUGAAGUAUGCUACUUUAAAAAGUUUGUUUUUAGGUAAUCCAAAGGAAAAAUGUUUAUACUCUUGAAUAUAUUAGCCUCAGCCUAUAUAAAAAUUUCUUUGAAGUAAACAUUUUACCAGAAACUGAAUGGACAGAUUUUUCUACUUGCUGACUGCCUAACUUAUUUUGUUUCAUGAUCUCAAGGGACUGCCUUUGCCCUUCUAGAUCUUUUGUAAAGAAUAGUUUUAGUACUAAGGUAUACUACUGGACGUUUCUAUUUUUUUAAGUAUAUUCUUUUUCUGACUUAACAGUACAACAAUUUCAGGAAGUUGAUAGAUACUAAGAGCUUAUGAUUGGUCUCAGAGAGAUAACCAUGAAAUAUUCGUAAUUUUGUCUCUGGAACUCUGGUAAAAUUAUGUGUAACACAGUUGGUAAAGUUUUUCUCCUGUAAUUUAUAUUUUAAAUGAAAGUAUUUUAGAGCUUUUAAUUUUCAUGAAGGAGAAGAACGUAAACUGUUUUUUUUUUUUUCCUAUUUACUCUAGCAACAGACCCUCUCACAAGUCAAGAUCAUGUGUACUGUUAGGAUUCUCAGACAGUUACUUCCUUGUGACCCCUUCUGUCAUAGUUCUUCGCCCUCAUUUCAUUAUUUAUUAGAUGAUUUGCUAAAUAUAGCACCUUAGCAGUUAAAGAGCUUUUGAAACAUUACAGGAAGGGAAAACUGGACAGAAACAAAGAGCUUUCAAAUUUGGGGGGAGGGUGGGGAAGCACUAGCUAGUUUAAGUAGAACAUCGUGAUGGGGAGAGUGAGCCAAAUGAAUUAAUUCAGAAACAUGGUUAGAACACUGGUACUUGUUAUGUGUAAAAGUUUGGACAUACUCCAAUAGGAAAUGAAACCAGGAGGGUAGCAAUAGUAAGUGAGAGGAUCAGGCCUUACAAAUGUUUGUGUAAAACACCAUUGAAAGCCUGAAGAUGGCUGGAGUAGCAUAAUGUGGGGGAAAGUGUGGUGAAAACUGGGUUUUAAAACAAAAUACUUAAAUAAGCUUUAUUUAUAUCUUUAGAACUUUUUUGAACACAGCAUGGAGGGCUUAGGUUCAUUUUUCUGGAUAAUGAUCCCCAAAGCUGACUUUUUUUCUUUGAGUGCCACGUUUGCCAUUGUGCAAUUAUACUUUAAUCCCUUACAAGGUAGGUGCUAUUGUCUCCGUUUUAUAGAACAAAAGCUCAGAGAAAUUCAAACACUUGCCUGAUUGUAAGCAGCUGUGACAGAGCAGGGCUUUGCCCAGGUCUGACUCUGCAGCCCUUGCUCUGUCUAGGUGGCUGUACUGCUGCCUCACUGAACACCUUUUUUUGUAGAACUUGAGCUCUCUAUGGAGAUUUGUAUUUUCCCUGUAUAACAGCUAUGUAAGGAAUUUUGUCUCCCUCCACCACCCAGUAUCCUUACUACUCUCUCCUGAUGAAGCAGCUUGUUUUGUCACUUAGAUUAGAAGAAGACACACAACCUCAGUACAGCACAUGCUGUUGUUAAUGGGCUGUGGCAUUUUCAUUUUUUAAAGAAUGAUUUUUAUCUGAAUAACUAGCUAUAAGCCCCAGUUUUUGUGCUGUUCAGUCACCCAGAUCCUUAAGCUUAACUUUGGUACAUAAUAUACACACUUUAAAAAAAAAAAAAAAGAAAAGAAAACAGGUGUUUUCUUAGUUACUUUAGGAUUUAAAAUGAAACUUUUUUUAUCCCUGCUAUAUCCCUGCUUUUAAGUGAAGUUGAGUUAAUCUAGAUAGCUUAAAAUGUGUUAGGGAUAAGCACACUUUACAGGAUGUUUUCUCGCCCUGAAUACUAUGACAUUGGGUACUUAGCAUUUGCAGUACACUAUUGAAAACAGAAUUGUGGGUUGAGGAGAGGGGUGGUUGAGGCCGUUAUGAAAUGGGAGAAUCAGCAUUUUAAACACUGUAAACAUGAAAACACUUUUCUUCUGCCUGCUGUUUGUAAAAGCUCUUUGGGAAGAUCUUUUACGAAGACCAAUUUUUUUUAAUGUAAUUUACCUACCUAAUAUUGAGUGUCCUAAGACAUGUAUGUAAACUUCCAAAACUGUUUUGUCUGUGUAUUUAGAAAAUACACAAGAAUCUUUAUCAAACCUAAAAAAUAUAAACUUGUGAG